GGAAGUGAAAAAGAGAUUUCUUUGAGACUUCAGGGCCGCUGGUGGAGCAGCAGAGUUUAAAAUGUCGGACUGGGAGGACGAGUACGACGAGUACGGUGUUGCCAUUGAGAAGCCUGCCCCUAAACUUUCUGAGACUAACAACACAUUAUUGGGAAAAGAUAGCCAAGGACAUGGAACUGGUUAUUCCGGUAUAAAAACUCAAACCUGGUUUAGAAAACCGAACGAGGCGAGAAUUGAGCCCCGCCGAGAUGCGUUCGAGUUCAGGAGCCGAAGAGGUGAAACAGACCUCGAUGGGGGGCCUGGAGACCGUCGGAGAGGGAACGAAAUGUCCGACGGUUUCCAACCUCUUAUUUUCAAAGUGGAAAAUAUAUCCAUUGGAAGGAUAAUUGGUCGCGGCGGAGCUAAAAUACGUGAACUUGAAGAGAGCAGCGGUGCUCGGAUCAAGAUUACGAGGGGAGACUAUGAUGGAGACGUGGCCAUCUCUGGUUCGUCCGCUGCCCAGCAAAAGGCCAAAGGAAUGAUUGAAGACCUGAUUGCAGGCGGCUCUCCUCAGUUUAGUUACGGUCCAGCUAGAGGUCGGCACAGUGAUGGGGAAAGGUUUGGAGGGAGAGCGGGUACAGGAGGGAUGAACAGGAACAACUUUGCCUGGUCGAAGGAGGCGCCACAGUCUGCAAGCGACGGCCCAGCCAUCGACUGGAACGACAUCCGACAAAACAGGAAAAGAUUCGAGGAGCUGAAGUGGAAAGACCUCCCACCGCUGAAGAAGAACUUUUACACAGAAGCAGUGAGCGUGUCCAUGCUCACACCUGAUGAAGUCGAUGCAUGGAGGAAGGAAAAUAACAAUAUAUUUGUAGAUGACAUAAAGGAGGAGGGAGAGAAGCGACCCAUUCCUAAUCCCUGUCGUACGUUUCUGGAGGCGUUCCAACCUUAUCCAGAGAUCAUGGAAAAUAUUGAGCGUGUUGGUUUUGUCAAGCCAACCCCCAUCCAGUCUCAGGCCUGGCCGGUGCUGCUCAUCGGGGAGGACCUGAUAGCGAUUGCUCAGACAGGAACAGGGAAAACUCUGGCCUACCUGCUGCCAGGCUUCAUUCAUAUGGACGGACAGCCUGUACGCAGAGCUGAACGAGGGGGUCCGGGCAUGUUGGUACUGACCCCUACCAGAGAACUCGCUCUACAGAUUGAAGCAGAGUGCAGCAAGUACAGCUUCAAAGGAUACAAAAGCAUCUGUGUCUACGGAGGGGGAGACAGAAGAGGACAGAUCAACCUGGUGAAGAGCGGCGUGGACAUCGUGAUCGCUACACCUGGCCGACUCAAUGACUUACAGAUGAACGAUCUCAUCAAUCUACGCUCCGUCACCUACUUGGUGCUGGACGAGGCUGACCGCAUGCUCGAUAUGGGCUUCGAACCACAGAUUCUGAAGAUUCUGCUGGACAUCCGUCCAGACCGGCAGACUGUCAUGACCAGUGCCACCUGGCCCACAGGUGUAAGAAGAUUGGCUAAAUCUUACUUAAAGAAUCCCAUGAUGGUUUAUGUGGGAACUCUGGACUUGGCUGCAGUUAACACCGUGCAGCAGACCCUAGAAAUUGUUAAGGAGGAGGAGAAAAAGAUGUAUGUUUUUGACUUCAUCAGGAACAUGCAACCCCAGGAUAAAGUCUUAAUCUUUGUGGGAAAGAAGAUUACUGCAGAUGACCUGUCGAGUGACAUGUCUCUGCAAGGUAUUGCUGUGCAGUGUCUCCAUGGAGACCGCGAACAAAGCUCCCGGGAAGAGGCUCUCCAGGACUUUAAGGAGAGUCGGGUUCGCAUCCUGGUCGCCACAGAUCUGGCAUCCAGAGGGUUGGAUGUCCAUGACAUCACGCAUGUUUUUAACUAUGACUUCCCAAGAAAUAUCGAAGAGUACGUCCAUCGUGUGGGUCGAACAGGCCGAGCAGGACGGUCCGGUGCUGCCAUUACUCUGUUAACUAGAGAUAACUGGAGGAUGGCCUCAGAGCUGAUUUCUAUCCUGGAGAGAGCAGGACAAGAUGUCCCAGAAGACUUGGUGAUGAUGGCAGAGAGAUACGAGAAGUACAAGAUGGAGAGAGAGACGUAUUCUCCAAGAGGACACGGAUGGGGUGGAAGAGGAGGCGGUGGACGGAGAGACGGCAAAGACAGAGGCCAAAACCGGCGAUUCUAAUCUCUGGAGAUCAGGUUGGAAUACAGUCUAAAGCUGGCUGUAAUUUCUUUUGAUUGUACAUAAGUUUUUAUUUUUUUUGCUUAAAAUUGAUUUUUUUUUUAAAAAAACAUGUUUUGUUUGCCAGGUAGACGUCAUUGUUUUUCAUAGAAGUUUAAAGGUUAACAGAAUGCACUGUUCUUAGUCCAGUGUUUGUUUUUUCUGUCAUCAGCCUGUAACAUGUGUGGGGAUAUUUUGGGGGGAAACGUGUUAAAUAAAUUGUCUUUUUGAAGAGA